GGAGAAGCCGGUUCCGGGUUUUGGCCGACUUUAGGCGAGGAGUGGGUGAUGAGGACUCUAGGAGUUUGCUGAUCUGAGAAGGCCCACUUCUUGUUCAAUGGAUGAUGGCAGUUGAGCAGAUACCAAAAAAGGAUUGGUACAACAUUCUGGGGGCAGACCCAUCUGCAAGUGUGUCAGACCUAAAACAAAAGUAUCAAAAACUCAUAUUAAUGAAUUCCUUAUGUAUGGACAUACUACCGUUUAUCCAUUCUCCUGUUGAUAGACUUUAUGGUUCCAGUUUGACUAUUGCAAAUAAGGCUUAUCAUCCAGAUAAACAAAGUGCAGAUGUGCCAGCAGGAACAGUGGAGGAAUGUAUACAGAAGUUCAUCGAAAUUGAUCAGGCAUGGAAAAUUCUAGGGAAUGAAGAGACAAAAAAAGAGUAUGACCUGCAGCGGCAUGAAGAGGAUCUAAGAAAUAUGGGACCAGUAGAUGCUCAAGUAUAUCUUGAAGAAAUGUGUUGGAAUGAAGAUGAUCACUCUUUUUCUCUGAGUUGCCGAUGUGGUGGAAAAUACAGUGUUUCUAAGGAUGAAGCAGAAGAAGUUACCCUGAUUUCUUGUGAUACAUGUUCACUAAUUAUAGAACUCCUUCAUUAUGGCUGAAAUUGUUCACUAAGUGGGAUCCUUUAACUGUGUAUUCAGACAUGUUGAAGAGAGCCCAUUCAAGUAAAUGUAUAAAGCUGAUAAAAAGAAGUAGGAUUCUUUUUUUGGUCAGCUUUUAUUUGCAGAGAAAGUAUAAGACUGUCAAGCAAGGGCCACCCCAGAUUAAUAGAAAAUUAAUUUAGUUACUUAUAUGUAUUUAUAUUUUAUAUUUCUAGAUCACCAAAAAAAAAGGACUUGUAUUAUAAGUUAUAUUUUGUGAAUUCCCAUCUGAGAACUUUGUUAUUUGGUCCAUUUUUCCUUGGUAUAAGAAUUUUCCAUUUCUUUAAGCAUGUCUCCUCUUAUAAUGGGUCACAGUAUCAUCAUGUUUCUUUAUAGUUACUGAGUUUCUGAAGUAACAUGACAUUUCUAGCUGCUAAAGUUACAGGCCUAUUGUACAAGUAUCUCAAAGUCUCAAGUCAUUAGGAUUAAAUUAUAAUCUUUGUGAAUAACAUGUGAGCCUAGUACUCCCAUAAUGAGGGCUGGAUAUGGAUAUUCAUGAAGUUAUUUCAAAGUUAAUAAAGAAGGUAAAGUGGCAACUGUAGAAAGGAUAGCUUUGGAGUGAAAAGACUUGACUCGUCCUGACACUAUAUUUCCAGAUUCUUCGUGUGGCUACAUUAAAGGGAAUAAAGCUUGAACACUGCCAUCUUCAACUUUAAAUGUAACUUAGGAAAUGGUAGCUUUAAAAAAUAAAUAAAUAAAUUUGAUACAGAUGCAUUAUUUUCCUUUUUAUUUCAAAGUACUAAGUAUUAAUUCUUGUAUUUAUGAAUAAGGAACCACACUGCAUUGCUGGUAUGAUCAAAUGGACUUUUAUAAUGUUAUUAUUGAUUAUAAUAGACUCUAAAGAUUUUAUUUUUCUGUAUAUUUGAUACUUUAUGUACAGUAUAAGUCAGGACUCAUUUAAAAAAAAAUUGAGGAAUCCUUUAUGGGAUCACUGGAACUUUAUUACUUAAUUUCAAAUGAGUGAACCAAGCAUGUGUCAUAGCAGCUUUUUAUUAGGUUGAACCCAUGGUAUUUAUUAUUGGUUUGGACUUAAAAGACUAGUUACUACUCUGAUGUGUAAAUGUAGCAAAAGUAUGAGGCAUAUUCAAGAAAAGAUUACUUUCGUUAUAGCUAUAAAACCAAAAAUUCAGAAGUGAGGUUGUCAUCCAGGUUUUUUCCCUAAAAAUAUUUUUAUAUCGGGGCGCCUGGGUGGCUCAGUCGUUAAGCGUCUGCCUUCGGCUC